CGAUCUGCUGUACAUUCACAAUGGAUCAACAUCAACGGCCUCGAUAAACGUAGAUAAAGGAUUCAAGACGACAUGUCCAACAUCGCUUCCCCUCCCGACCCCAACGGCAACCCUCUGGUCACCGUGGCCAUCGCCGUCAUCACUGUCAUCCUCCACCUUCUCGACCUCGUCCGGAGGGGUGUAGCAUGGCUCACCAUCACUCUUCCUGGAAUAGUUGUGAGAAUGCUUCAGUAUUCUCUCACCAUCUCUCUCGGCUUUCCAGCCUUACUCGGAUUGUUCAUGUCCCUCAGUGUCGCCAUCGUACUUGUCAUACGAUAUCGUUACUUGACUCGAUAUACACAAUUGAAAGAAGGUGCUCUUCCUCCACCAUCGCCUACCUCUCUCUCCACAGAACUACUUCCUUUGGCGACGGUCGGACUGAAUGAUACUCGUAGUCGAGCAUCACCAUUCCACAAUUACUUGGACGAUUUUCUGGCUGCUAUUCGAAUUUUUGGCUAUUUGGAGAAGCCUGUUUUCCAUGAGCUGAGUAGGUAUCUUCAGACGCGAAGGCUAUUAGCAGGGGAUAGUGUGGAAAUUGGAGGUGGUGAUUUCUGGUGCGUGGUAGAAGGAAAGGUACAGGUUUUUGCUCCAUCGUCGGAAAGCGGACAGACUUCAGUACCUCAAUCACCAGAUCCCAUGGCUCAAUCACCACGUAGCACUUUCAACGGAUAUCAUCUCAUUAACGAGGUCUCUACAGGAGGGACUAUCUCUUCCCUUUUCUCCAUACUCUCACUCUUCACGGAAGACAUAAAACUCGCUUGGUCAUCUUCUGCUUCGACCCCUGAUGGCGAAGUCGAAGAGGACGGGUAUGAAGAUGCACAAGCUGUCCCUCUUGGUCAAGGCAGAAGCAAAACCCGCACAAACUCAGAUGUCAGUCAUUUCGAAAUGGGCACAUCCCCACCGAGAGCUCCCAGUCCCACUGAACCUUCACCAACGCAAAACCCCCUGAGAAGAGUACGAUCCCAUUCUAUGGACAGUCUGUCAACUGCCUUUGCACCAGAAACAGACUCUUCAGUGAGCACCAUACAGACGUCGGGAUCGACAGCAUCUCAGCCUUCUACCACAAGCGUCUCACUUCAUUCACCACCCGCCCCUCGCACGCGUAUCCAUCAUUCCCUCUCUCAGCCCCCAACUCCAUCACGAACCCGAGGAAGCGCGACGACAGCACCCAGAGCGCCGACGCAAUCGAGGCCUACUAGGUCUCCGGAAAAGGGACGGCCAUCAGUCGAUACGGGUUCAGCAGCACUGAAAGGGACUAUCGCCCGUGCCACAGUCGACACCACGCUAGCAGUCAUCCCAGCGGAGGCGUUCAGAAAGCUCACCCACAAAUUUCCCAAAGCCAGUGGUACUGUCGUUCAAGUGGUUUUGGAGCGAUUCAGCAGGGUCACUUUCAUGACAGCCCAUAAAUUUCUGGGUCUUACUAAGGAGCUCCUUCGAUCCGAAUCUUCACUCAAUAAGCUCGUCUCUCAUCCACUUCCUCGAUCUUUUUACACUGGACGAGGCAUGCAGGCUCUACGACGCCGGUUCCAACCUAUGCUUUCCAGUAACAGUGACGUCCCCUUCCCCUCCGGGUCGACAUCGGGGGCGCAGCCAUCUGAUCCAGAGGACUAUUUUGACUAUGUUCCUGGAAGUCCCACAGUCAGAUCUCCCUCCCUCCCGUCCAUCACACCCAAGCUCAGAAUGACUCCGGCUACCGCCAAAUACAGAAUUCUCGAGCCUGAGCAGAUGGGUGACGAUGAGAAGCUUGACAUGGAAAAGAUCGACACCGCAGUGGCAACACAGGUGAAGCCUGUAGUCGAACUGAGUCCCGAUGUGGCCGCCAGGCAAUCCACCAAGUUCGUCAGGAGGAUCUCCGGGCUCAGGAAGCAAGUGGCGGCCGGCGAUUUGGCCAUGAGCCGAUACGACAAUGAAAACGAUGGAGGAAUGUACUAUAAACCACCUCCCCGUACUCCAGGUCUUCCGCGAGUAGACACAUGGCGAGACCGCUUCAACAGCUCGUCUCUCGAUCUACGUGGUCAUCGUGGUGAGCUCGUGGAUCCCGGUAUAAACGACGAUGACGGAGCAUUCGAGACCGAGUUGAAGGAAGCCGUGGCGACGUGUAUCGCCAAGUCCAUUGGCCUGACUCAACCUCCCCGGUCAAAUUUCGAUUCUAUGGGACGCUCCUCUAUAGCGCCAUCAGUGUCAGCGCUGUCAACUCCGAAUUCGCCCCUCUUCCCACCACAGGCAAAAGGAAGUAAAGUGCCCUUUGGCAACGUGCUCGACAUGAUGAAUGCCUCUUCUCAUAACGACAACAUUCUUGGAGGGAUGCUGAGAGAGGCGGCAAUGAAAGUACGUGCGACCGAAGAUGAUGCCAGUAGCGUCUCCGCCAGUGUGCAGGAGAGCAGUACGGUAGGUCCCAAUGGGACGGGUGCGGAAAAGAUCAUGCGAGACUUAGAGAACUCUAUCGAGAUCUUGCAUUUCAAGAAGGGCAGUACGUUGGUCGAUGAAGGGGAAACAUCACCCGGACUAUAUUAUGUGAUAGAUGGUUUUCUGGAGGUCUCACUACCGAUUCACUCCACAAGACCGACCGAUAUCACAUCCAGUUCCGGCGCUCGGGCUGAUCAUGAGAACGGUCUUCCGUUCGGCGCCGCUUUGGGUUCUGGAGAUCCUUCAAGCCCCAACCGAGACGCUGAAACAAAGAUUGACGAGCCGUUGUUCACCGUCAAGGCUGGUGGCAUCGCCGGAUACCUCUCAUCCCUGUGCAGCGUGGAUUCCUAUGUCCACAUAACUGCGAAAACAGACUGCUUUGUCGGCUUUUUGCCUCACUCAGCACUUCAUAAGAUCAUCGAAAGGAGGCCGAUAGUGUUGCUCACACUGUCUAAAAGACUUUUAUCCCUCCUUUCGCCACUGGUUUUGCAUAUCGAUGCCUCACUCGACUGGAUGCAACUUGGAGCCGGACAAUUUCAGUACGAAAAGGGCGAUCGAUCCACCGACUUCUAUGUCGUCAUAAAUGGUCGACUUCGCUCGUACUACGACAAGGACGGCGAUGUACACGUUUCCAGAGAGUAUGGACAGAACGAUUCCAUCGGCGAGCUAGAUGUGAUCACAGCUGUCUCACGCUCAGACACCGUGCACGCUAUCCGCGAUUCCGAGCUAGUACGAAUACCAGCGGCGCUGUUUGACGCCAUUAGUGUUCAACAUCCUGCGACUACUGUACAAUUCUUGCGACUAAUCGCCAAGAGGGUCAAGAGGGCCAUGGGGGAGCAGAUAGGGCCGAGAACGGGAGUGACCACCCCGCCGACCGAUGUUAACCUACGGACGAUCUGUGUGCUCGGCACAAGUCGUAGCGUUCCAGUUGUACAGUUCGCACGCCAGCUGAAAACGUCGUUGGAAGACCUUGGGGCGUCCACGUCUUAUCUUGAUCAAGGGACAGUCAUGCGACAUCUCGGGCGACAUGCUUUCGCUCGGAUUGGAAAACUGAAGAUCGCUGGAUGGCUCGCGGACCAGGAGCAGCACCAUCGUAUUGUGCUAUAUGUCGCGGACACGCCACCUACAAGCCAGUGGACUCUCACUUGUAUACGCCAAGCUGAUCUCGUCCUAGUUGUUGCCAUGGGUGAUGAUCCCACUUUGGGGGAGUAUGAAAGAUUACUCCUUGCUUCAAAGACCACAGCAAGAAAAGAAUUGAUCUUGCUCCAUGAUGAACGCACAGUCCCUCUCGGGUCGACUAGACCUUGGCUGAAGAACCGCCCUUGGCUUCAAGCUCAUCAUCACGUGGAGCUUCCAGGACUGGUGACACCUCACAAGCCAGCCGCGGCACACGACCCGGCCGCUGUGGCAGCCUUCAAGCACCUUCGCGAGCGUGUGGAGAUUCGUCUCAAGAAAUAUCGUGGCCUGCGCCCUGCUGUUCGCCUUCGUCGUCCUGCUCACAUGAACGAUUUUGCCAGGAUCGCCCGAAGACUAUGCGGUAAGCAGAUUGGCUUGGUACUUGGUGGGGGAGGAGCCAGAGGCAUAUCGCAUAUCGGCAUGUUGCAAGCUCUAGAAGAAUUUGGCAUUCCCAUCGAUGCCAUAGGGGGUUGUUCUAUCGGUGCGUUCGUUGGAGGUCUAUAUGCCAGGGAGUCGGAUUUGUUAGAGACGACAGGACGGACGAAACAAUUCUCAGGACGAAUGGGCAGUAUGUGGAGAAUCUUAAGUGACGUAACGUAUCCGUAUGUCUCGUAUACGACCGGACAUGAGUUUAACAAGGCGUUUUACAAUACGCAUAUCGAGGACUUUUGGAUUCCAUUCUUUGCCAAUUCGACUAACAUUACUCAUUCGCGCAUGGAAGUGCAUCGCUCUGGCUACGCAUGGCGAUACGUGCGAGCAUCAAUGACUUUGGCUGGUCUUCUCCCUCCUUUGUCAGACAACGGGAACCUACUUGUCGAUGGAGGAUACAUGGAUAAUACCCCCAUCGGUCCACUGAGAUCAGGUGGAAUUAGGGAUAUCAUAGUUGUGGACGUGGGUUCAGUGGACGAUACCAGUCCCCGAAAUUAUGGUGAUUCUGUGUCUGGUUGGUGGAUCUUCGUUAACAAGUUCAACCCCUUCUAUCAACGCACUGUGCUGUCCAUGACUGAAGUGUCUUCUCGACUUGCAUACGUAGCGAGCGUCAAGACACUGGAGGAUGUCAAAAGUGAUCCUAAUUGCAUGUAUCUCGCCAUGCCUGUUCAGCAAUUCGAGACUCUGGGCGGAUUCAAGCAGUUUUCUCAAGUCCUUGCGGUGGGUCUUGAAGCAGCCAGAAACGCUCUUCGACAAUGGAAGGAUGAAGGACGUCUUCCAAGUGGUUUGGUAGAUGAUAUCAAGGGUCAACGAGCGAUCCAAAAGGCUAAACGAACGAGACGCAUGUCUAUCUAA